AUGGAACCGCGAGAGGGAGCGCAAGGCCUUGAGGCUCCUGCCGGGCCCAGCCGCGUCGAGGGUGGGACAGGCGGCAGCGGCGGCGAAGUGGCGGAAGCGGAGAGGCGCCAAAGUAGCCUGCUGCGCAGGAAGGUGGAGUUGCAGCAUCGCAUACAACAACUGCGUGAUGAGGAGAGCAUGCUGCAGCAUGAGAAGGCGGUGAGGUCCUUUGCGAAGGCAAAGGAAGAGAAGUUAGCGACCGCGGCAGAGCAGAGACAAGGUGGCAAGCAACAUAGUGGUCGAAAGGCAUCAGAGCGGCGCCCUCCCGAGCAGAAAAAGUCUCUGCCGGGAGCCGAGACUCCCAACGCUGGGGCCACCAUCACCGACAAGGGCAGCUGUGACACGAGGACAAGUAAAGCCGGCCAAAGCACCUCAGGUGCGAGCGUGCAGCCCCUCCCCUCCCACCGCCCACGCGGCUCCGCUCAGACAAGGCGGGAGCACAGCCGGACAUCUUUCGUGCUUGCCGGCGCGGCGGCGGCGGAGGGGGUCGAGAAGGGUAGCGGCCGGCCCAGCAUGGUUCCCGUCCCUCCGCGCCCCCGCCGCCCCUCUGCCGACACGGAGGAGGAGGGGUCGAGUGUGCAGGAGGAGGGCCUCGUGCUGGGCUUGGACUUUUCGCGGAUUAUUCACUCCUCGCAGAUGCAUGUGUUUGGCGGGGAGAUGCAGGCGGAGGCCAAGCGCCGCGCCCGGCGGGAGAAGAUGCAGGCAACCGAGAAUCGCCAUCAAAGAUCCCUGCGGCGGCUAAAUCUUGUCGAGGAGAUGUUUUCGAAGGCGCUGGAGCGUCGCAUGCGGGCGAUGGAGCGAAUAGCCGCCGAUCCGCCGGCCGACCGCCUCGUUGGCAACCAUGCGGUGCAGCACAUUCCCGUCUCGGCGCUUUCGGGCCAGUUGAGGCAGACGGCACUGGCGCUCAUGGCGGGUGACAUGGAGGAGGUGCCGAUCCCCGCCCGUGCUCCCUCCCCCACCGGCGCAGGCAGAGACGCGCUUGGGAGGAGAGUUUUCCUCACCGCCGUUGACGCAGCGGCGGCGGAGAAACAGGCAAAGGCGCCAACCGACGCCCCUGACGCGGAGGAUGCAUUGCAGGCGACAGGGGAGGAAACGGACCCCUCUGCGGGGGUCAACGGCGUUGACGAGGAGGAGCUUCUCCGGGAGUGGCAAGAGCUGGGCUACACUGCGGUGUACCUGCCGGCGACAAGGCGGUUGGUGUAUCCUGGUGCACAUGAUUUUCAUAAGCGGAACUCCAAGAAGCCGUACUCACCCAACGCAUGGAUGCAGAUGCACAUGCCGCCAUUACCGCCGCUUCAUCUGGUGCAGCGACAAAUUCCGCCUGAAGUCAUUUUAUCGCACAGUCAGGCGAAUUCCGUCGGACGCCGCCGCCCGCUACCAUUUAUUUGCAUUCCUCGCAAGAAGUAG